AUGCCCGCUCCGAAAUCAUGGCUGGAAGAACUAACACUGAGCAAGCUACAUCGACUCGCAACAGCACUGGGCACGCCAUGCUCAGGAACAAAGCUUGCACGUAUAGAAGCCAUCCGUAACGCAACUUCGAACAGUGUGCAGAAUGGAGACAGCAGGGGUACCGUGUCCGACUUGAGUCUUCUGAGCAUAGAUAUGGGCAUCAGGAAUCUGGCCUUUGCACAUCUCACAGCACCGGCUGAAGAGGUCACGAGACCGCUCAAGCAUAUACGGUACGGAAGGCCGACGCUGCGAGCAUGGCGUCGAAUAGCAGUGGCAGAGUCUUUGGAUGUCACGACGAGCAGCCACCGGGAUUCGGCAUUAGAGAUGUCGACGUCCGCGGCAAUCGAACUAGUUGCAGCAGCCAAAGAAUCAUUCGAGCCCAUUGAUUACGCCCGGCACGCCUACAAUCUUGUCAAAUCCAUAUUACAGACUUACCAACCCAAUCAUAUCUUGAUUGAGAGACAAAGAUUUCGAUCAGGUGGCCAAUCGGCGGUUCAAGAAUGGACCCUCAGGGUUGGUGUGUUUGAAGGCAUGCUUUAUUCCGUCCUGCGGACUCUGAUCGAGGAGCACAAACUGCAGCUAAGCAUUGAACCAAUGCAGCCUCCCCGCGUCAAUCGGUACUGGCUUGAAGGCUCCAAGGACUUGCUAGGCUCGAAAGAGAAGAAGAUGGUCGGUCGCGAGGUAAAGAAGGCAAAAGUUGAUCUUGUUGGAAAUCUGCUCAGAGAGGGAAGCUCAGUUAUCUGUGUUGGCAAGGAAGUUCAGCCGACAGCUCUCGACUUCAUAUCGCGCGUUAGCCAGGCUUCCAAGCGUGGGCGAGCUGAUACUACCAAUAUAUCAAAGCUAGAUGAUUUGGCCGACUCGCUCUUGCAGGGAUUGGCAUGGAUCCAGUGGCAAAACAACCGAAGGCGCAUCGAAGCCCAGGGGCGAGAUGCAGUCGAUAUGGCGUCUGGAACCUUGUCGUAG